AUGCUGCUCCUCAUCAUCUACGCGCUGACCUUCGCUGUGGGUUUUCCUGCCAACGUCUUCACCUUCAUCAUCCUCCUCACCAAAAUCCGAUGUCACUGUCCUCAUCCCCAGCUCACUGCUGCCGACCUCCUCCUCCUCCACCUCAACACCGCCGACCUCCUCGUCCUCUUCUUCCUCGCCUUCAAGAUGGCUGAGGUGGCUGCCAACAUGCUGUGGCCCUUCCCCAAAGUGCUCUGCCCCAUUGCAAACUUCUGCUUCUACUCCAGCAUCUACCUCAGCACUCUCUUUAUGGCUGCCCUCAGUGUGGAGCGCUACUUUGGGGUUGUGUUCCCACACCGCUACAGCCGGCGCCGGAGGUUAUGGCGGACGAUGGCCGCCAGCGCCGUCCUUUGGGUGAUGGCAUUGUCCCAUUGUUCCAUCGUCUUUGUGGCAGAGUAUUACAGAGAGUUUGGGGUCAAUGGCUCUGAGGCUGAUGGGGAACGUGGUCUUGGGUUCAAUGAGAUCAAGACCUGGGGAUCGGUGAUGGACAACUCCACUCAUGUUGACCCCACUGUGCUGAAGAUGGACAACUCCCCUUGUUUUGGGGUCAGUGGAUUCCAGCCUGGGGGAUUUGAGUUGACCAAAGCUAAUGGCAUUGACACUGAUGUCCCCAACACC